UAAUUUCUUGUAGAUCUAAAUUUUUUGGAUGGAUAUUGUUCUAACUUUUUAGAAUUUCAUUGAAAAUAAAGAUCAGAAAUACUAAGUUUUAACGGAUCAAGCAGAUUGCUGGUUAAAUCCCUUGCUUUUUAUGCUUUUUAAAAGGCUAAGACUUGGCUCUUAGAAUGGCUUAGCUUGUUCGAUACCAAUUCCGUUAAAUAUUAAGAUUUGAAUGAAAGUAUAGCAAUCGCAGCUUAACAGGCUCGCUCGCAGCAUCCUUCUUCUUACAGAAGAACAAAUUGAAGACCCGCUCCAGUGGAACUUCGCUCUCAAAUUCUCGUUCUGUCCUUUCAUGCGGAAUCAAUUUCUAGAUUUGCCUAAUUUCGAUUUAUUUCUUUUGCUUGUAUCUUGGGUGGUUUUUUAGUAGGGCUGAGGAAAAACUGAACCAAACCCAACCAAACCGAAAAUCGGACCGAAUCGAACCGAAGUUCAUUGUUUGGUGCGGUUUUUCGGUUGAAAUGGUUUGGUUUGGUUUUAAAUUUAAGAAAGUAUGGAGUUUGGUGUUUGGUUUGGAUUUUAGGAUUUAGAAACCGAACAGAUCAAAAAACCGAUGUAACCGAAGUUUCAAAACAGUGUCGUUUUGGUAGGCACGUGCGGUACGUGUGGAGUACCUCUAAACCUAGGUGCAGCCGACGCCGUUUUGUGUUCCUUUAUAAACCCCUUUAUAUUUUGUUAACCUAAUUUCCUAACCCUUAAGGCCCGCCUCUCUUUCAGAACUUUCAUCACUCCUCUCUGAUCCUCUCUCUCACCAAAAACCUGUACCCUCUCUCUAAAACUCGACUCUUUCUUCGCUCAAACCCUAACUUAUCUACUCAUUUUUUUUCUAAUUUACUAUAGAUUAUACUAUAAUUAAGCCAUAAAUGAUUUUCCUUACUCAAUUUAGCACUCUGAAUAUGAAUCGAUAGUGUUCCAACCUUUUGUUUUGAUGUUAAUCAUGCGAUUAAUCGCUCAACUUCUUCUGUAAUUCGUGAGUUUGGUUCUUUUUCUCUGUUUUACAUCAUUUUUGAGCUUUAUGGUUUGUAUUAUUUUUAUUUGAUGUUGGUUUCUACCUUACUGUAUUCUCUGUGUUUGAAAAAUGGAGGCUUAUGGAAGAGGUGGAAGCCUGAUUUGAUUUCUGAAAAGGUAAGAAUAAAGGGUUCUUCGAUCUAUUUGUCAUUUAUGUGUUCUGAUUUCCAUCCUUUUGUUUCGUAUUCUUAUUUUUCCUUCUAUGUUCGAUGGUUUUUUGUUUUUUCUUUUCAUGAUUCACAUUUGCAAAUGGAGGCUAAGUGGAAGCCCUAAACUGGAUCUCUGUCAUUCGAGCUCUAAACUGGAUCUUUAAGAUUCAUAAUCAUUUAAUCAAGAUGUUUGACUAUAGACAACUUGGUGUUGCUGCUACUAGUGCUGAUGAUCCACUUAUUGACCUACUUGAUCCAUUGCCCUUCCAUAGUGAGCAUCAACUUGUUGGUGUUGAUGAGGGCUCACCUCAUCCCAGUCAGCAGCAGGAGAAGGAUGCAGCUGUGACUGGCAAUAAGCCAGUGGAUAAAAAACGAAAGAAAAUAGAGGUAAGAUCAAAGGUAUGGGAUCAUUAUGAGCGUAUUGUUGAUGAAUCAACUGGAAAAUUUCUUAUGGCUAAGUGUUUAUACUGUGCUAGAGUAUAUCAUUCUAACAAUAAACUUAACGGUACUUCAACACUUAGAGCAUAUAAUGUUGCAUGUUUUAAAAAUCCACAUAGUAAAGUAACUAGGCAAGCUUUGCUUACUUUGCAACAUGUGAUUAAUUGUGAGGAGGGGGAUGAGGGAAUGAGGCAGUUAGGAACAUGGAAAUUUUCACAAGCAGAUGUUAGGAAUGUACUUGCUUAUAUGAUUAUAAUUGAUGAACUUCCAUUUAGAUUUAUAGAAGGUAAGGGUUUUAAAAGACUGAUGAAUGUGGCUUGCCCUAGAUCUAACACCCCCUCUAGAUGGAUUGUUAACAGAGACUGUUACCAAAUGUAUCUAGAUGGGAGGUUAAAGCUAAAACAUUUUUAGAAAAUCAAAGCCAAAGGAUGCUACCAAAUGUAUCUUGAUGGGAGGUUAAAAGCUAAAACUUUUUAGAAAAUCAAAGCCAAAGGGUAUGCAUAACCACUGAUAUUUGAACCAAUAUUUAAAUGGUCAAUUCUAUGUGUGUAACAUGCCAUUGGAUUGAUAAUGAGUGGAAGCUACAUAAGAGAAUUUUGUGCCAUAUUCCCGUUUGUGAUCACAAAGGUGAUUAUAUUAGCAAAAUAUUAGAAAAUUGUUUGCUUGCUUGGUGUUUAAAAAAUAUUUUCACUGUGACUAUGGAUAAUGCUGGAAAUAACAAUACUGCCAUUGCUGCAUUUAAGAAAAAAAUGAUUUCAUGGGGCACUGAUGUUUCUAAGUGUCAGUAUUUGCAUAUGAGGUAUAUUGCACAUGUAAUUAAUUUGGUAAUUUCUGAUGGAUUGAAACAAAUGAAUUCUUCUAUUAAAAAGAUUAGGGACUACAUAAGAUAUGUAAGAAACAGUCCCUCUAGGCUUAAACAAUUUAAAGAUCUUAUUACAUAAGCUAAACUUGGAACCAAAAUAUUUGUCUUGAUGUUGCUACCAGUUGGAAUUCCAUCUAUCUUAUGUUGGAUACUGCCUGUUUGUUCAAGUUUGUGUUUUAUUCUUAUGAGGAAGUAAAUGAAAAUUUUAGGAAUGACAUGGUAGAUAACAUUCCUAACAUUCUUGAUUGGCAAACUACAAAGAAGUUUGCCACUUGCUUAUCUUAUUUUUACAUCACUAUUCUGCGGAUAUCUGGAUGUUUAUAUCAGUGUUUUAAAAACCGGACCGGACCGGCCGGUCGGACCGGUUGAACCGCGAACUGGUCAGUGGUCCGGUCUGAAAAGGCAAAAAACCAGAUCUUUUAGUUGGACCGGGUUGAACCGGAUUGGAUCGGUAAAAA